GAACGUGAACGGGGAGUGAGGAUAACACAUGAUGAAGAGAAUGGAGACAAAGAGACGUCUUUCUUUUCUUUCUUUUCUCUCUUUUCUCUCACACAUUCAUUGAUGCAUCUACCCUCCUCCCCUCUCCACAGGUGGAGGGUCUGUGACGCUGACUGCCUGACUAUCUCGUCUCAUUAUCAUUCCCCAACCCCCUCCAUCCGUCUCACACUACAGCUGGAUAAGCCAACCACUAACCGGCUCGACUCUCUCUCUUACAGAGCCGGGAUUUGAAGAUUGCAUCCUCACAUUUGUAAUCAGAUGUAGAAGAGGAUUAUCUCAAGGUCUCCUCCAUCUUGUGCACUGCCGAGAGUUGCUGAAAAAAAAAAAAAAAAAAAAAAAAAAAGGAGGGAUAGAAGAGGGGGCUGUGGAGGAGAGCAGAGAGGGAUCACAAGUAGCUCAGUGACUGGAGAGGAGUUAAAGAUAGAGGGAGGUCACCUGUGGAUGUGAGGAGGAGCUGGAGGAUGAAGGCUUUCUAAGAAACUACACCCUGCAUCCGACAGGGAAGGGAAAAUAGGGGUUGGGGGGGGGGAUAAACCCUCGGCAUCAAGAAUUUCCACGUAAAAAGGUCUUCCAUGGCAGAGCCAGGGCGUCCUGCGUUGGAGCUGCAGCCGCUGGGGGGAGAUGUUUCCUCAGAAUGCCCGGUCUCUACUCAGUCACUCUUUGACCCCCCUUCAGAGACAACAACACCCUCCAGACUGGCUGGAGGACCAGGUUACACCUGCCAGGAGGAGCGAAAGGAGACCAUUGGCAACGUCUGUAAAGAAAAUUCAGCAACUCCUCCUACAAGAGAAACCAAACAAAGCAGUGUGAAAGUCAGCAGAGAGCCAGGUGAGAAGGAUCAAAACCCACCUGAACACUGUGUGACCUCCGGGGCUUUAAGCCACCAUCAUAAUCUUGGUAAAAUGCAAACAACCUCACAUCAACACAAGGUAAUCGUGAACGCAAUCACUGAGAACCCUCAGACGGGAGGGAUGUUGCAGGGCAUAAACGCAGCCUCUCUGCCUGUGCACAGGAGUCAUUCAGACACUUUACCAGGGGUUAGACAGGGAGCACCCACCCCAGGAGACAAUGAGAUUUGUGGACUUGCCUGCCAUGGAGGAGAUCACUUUUUUCAAGAAGCUGACAUCCAUUCCAUUUUAUCAUGCAAGCAACCCAUGGAACUGCAGCAGUGUAAGAUUAGCACUACUGUUUCCACCAGUGGAGAAGGAAGUGCAACGCAGCCUCAGAGCAGGUGUGUCUGUAGAUCCUUUCCUCAGACAGUCACAGUGGGGGUUGUUCAAGAAAAUUGCCGGCCUCAAAUUAAAUGUGACAAGGCACUAUGCUGUGGCUCUUAUGUCAAUCAUGCACAUUUCGAGGACACUUUUGCUGCGUACUGCCACCCCCAGCCGAUCCCAGCCCCCUCCCAGCUGCUGCCACGCCUAGCAGGAGCAGAGCAGAGCUGUGACGGCAAGCGUGCAGCUGAACCUCCUUCAGCCAUAAACCACCUCGCCCUGCCUCGCCUCAUCUCCUCUGUCAGUGAGACGGGCCUGGAUAGCAAACACCUGCUGCGAUGCUGCAACCUCAACUGCUCUUGGGUGAGCAAUCUACCUCCCGGUGCAAGGCCACAAUCCCCAAAACACUUUGGUUUAGAGGAGUGCUGCAGCAGUUCGGCUGGCCUUUUCAGAACCUCAACCCGAGAGAUGGGGACUAUGACAGCAAACAAAGUGUUGAGGGAUGUUGGGGUUCAAACAGGACAAAUCGUCACACCUCAUGUAUUUCCAGAAAUCUGUCUGGCAGAAGAGAGCAGGAGUGGGCUCUCUCGCAGUCCGACGCUGAAAGCUGACAGCAAUGGGGACAAGAAACCAGGUGGUGCUCCAAAGUCUCCCGUGAAGGAGGUGAUGUGGGAUGCAGAAGGGAUGACAUGGGAGGUGUACGGGGCAUCUGUUGACCCUGAGGAGCUGGGCCUUGCGAUCCAGAAACACCUCGAGCUGCAGAUCAAGGAAACGGCUAAGCAUGCCGCCAAGCUGUCACGCCAGGACACCAACACGUCUCGGCAGAGCGGAAACAACGGCUGUCAGAGGAAGAGGAGCAGAAUGAUGGGUUCUUUCCGAACCCCGGCCUGUUGUGCCCGGACCACGACAGCUGUGGACUAGCUGAUCAGCUGACUGAUAGAAGGGACGACAUCUAAAAACACUGUGUUUAGCAGCCAAUACGGCUGCCCAAAGCCUCAGCCUCAAAUGUCACUCAUCCAAUCAGAAGGUCUACAAAAGAUUGAGUAAUGCAUCACCAAGGAAGGCCUGCACCCCAGAAUCAAUAGAAUCAUAAUUACAGAGAGACACAAAUGAAAAGGUGCUCGAAAGGGACUUAAUGAUGAAUUAACAACCCAUUAUAAUGCAUCAUUUGGUGUCAGUUGUUCAAUAUUUUAAUCAUUGGAAAUGUGACUUCUGCAGCUGUGCACUGCCAGUGUUUUUAAAAAGCCUCUUCAUGCAGUUGUGUUCUCACCAUGAACCACGUACAUGACAUAGACAAGUCAAACAGCGUCUGUAUAAAGCAAUCUGAUACAAUACACGGCAAGACUAAUGUUGUAAAGCUUCCAGUGAGUGUCUGCGGAGGGGAAUGCAUUGACAUUCAAUAAAGAGAAACCAUGACCUGACCUUAACAUGACCUUUAGUUAACCCUUACCUUUCUUUUUUAACACUCCUAUUCCUUAUGCGUCUCCUCCCUAUACAUGGGAGAGGAAGGAGAAGAAAGUUCUUUCUAUCCCGCCUCCUGGCUGAAUGUGAAUCCUCCUGCCGUUUGGGCUUGUGAGUGACAUGCACAGGCAAAUGUCAGUGGAUGUCUCGCAGAGAGAAACUGCUGAGAACCAGGGUGCCUAACCCCUAGGCUUCUAUACAUGAUCAGUGUUGUGGAUCCUUUGUGCUCACUGUUCUGUUGUUACGUGCACUCUGAGUAAAUUUCAACUUUGCCCUUGAUUACCACUGGCAUUUCAAGUUGACCAGUAAAACAACAGCUGUGUACAAUGUAGCCAGAAACAAUGCAUGCAAGCAGGGGAGGUGUAGAAGGGAAUUCAAACUUAAUGUUAUAGAAUUCUCUUUUCUCCCUCAAGAACCUAUAAACAGUCUAUGGCUGCAACUGAUGCAACAGUCUGUGGCUCUGCCCCUUACCUCAGGGUGAGUAGGGAUCUCUGGCUACAUCCCCCAAAACUAUCCAUAGAGGCAAUUCAAUUCCUCUCUCAAACAAAAACACACACACACACACACACACACACACACACAGCAUAUGUCCAUAUUCAUACAAAAGAACUGAAAAAGGCAACGGUAUCAAAAAUAAAGACAUAAACUACAGGACACAAAGAUCACGUUCUUUGAAAGGCCAUACCUUCUGACCUCUGACAUAAAAUAAUCCACAAAUGAUAUGUUCUGAGUAUUCAGACUAUGAGAACAAGAUGAUCUUUAAUUGAAUAAAUAAUGUGCUCCCCACAUAUUGAUGAUACAUAUUAUUUAAUUUACCAUAUACUGUAUUUUUGUUUGUUUGACAUUUCACAAUCCUGGAUUUGUGCUAUUUCAAACAAAUACUUACAAUGUUAGAACAUAAAGAUACUUAAUCUGGUUCUUAAAUCUUAGUUAUGUUAUUAUCAAAUGAAUGUUCAGAACUGCAUGUGCAUUGUCCAGGUCCCCCUUAUUGAUGAUUUAGAAUUGUCCAUGUACAGAUCUCUGUGCAAUGCCAUGACAAAAGAACCAAGUGUCACUGGCUCACUGCUAGCCUCAUUCUGUACCCCAAAAUAUUUCUUGCUGCAUUCAUUCUUGAAUAUCUUAAUUGUCCUUACUUAUCUAACCUUGUAUAAUUGGUGGGGUUAGGUUUUGGAUAAUGUUGGCUGUGUUGGUGAAUAUCUAAAUUUCUUCAAGCUUGGUAAAACUGCUAGCUCUGAGGUGAAGUUGAUUAUAGGCUGUAGUCUUUACCAGACAAAUGACAUUUACUGUCAUUUGCUGUCAUGUUUCUCUCUGACCUGUAAAUGUAAUGUUUGAAAAAUGCAUAAAAAGAACUCUAACCUUAUUCAAAUUAUGUCAUUAAACUUUUCAAAAUCAGUAAAGAAAUAUAAGAAAAUGAUGUGGGCAACAUUUAUAGGAUCAACUUUUUUGACAGAAGGAGUUUCAUUGGUUGCAAAUAGUCUGUGUUGCCGAAUUCUUGGAGGUAAAUAAACAAAAAACACAAAAAAAUUUACAGAAAAAAAUAAAACGUGAUUUAUUAUUUAAAUGCAUUUUUCAUAAAUUUCUUCACCUUCAAAGGAUUGUUUCUUUUUGACGGAUUUAUUUUCUCUUUUUCCCCCUCUGACCUACUUACUAUGUUUUUUUAUUUAUACUUUUGUGUUUUUAACACAACUGCAUCCUAUUUUGCUCAUGCAGCUUCCUCGUUGCAUUUUAGUUCAUAUAAAUGAUUACCAAACAAAUCUUACUGUUUUUUUAUUCUUUUAUACUAUAACACACUUAUCAUACAUUUAAAGAUUAAAAAUGAAUGUCAUGGCAGAACAUUUUAACAGACCACUUGAGUACUAGGGCUUCUUUUUAUCAUAUUCCAUAAUGUUAUAAUUCAUAUAUAUCAUUAGUACUUGAAGUUUGAACUACAGUAGGGGUAAACUACAACAGGAAGAAUUUCUUAUAAUUUCUAAUCAACAUUUACAUCAUUUUGGGUCAACAGAAUCCGAGCCGGAUAAUAUAAAACCAACAGUUACUGUCUCAGUGGUUUACAUAUUUCAUUAUUAAAUGUUAUACAUUUAUUUAAACUCCAUCCCACAAUAAUAAUAUUGAGAUAGUUGAUAGAGUGGAGGACAAUUGAAUAAUUUUAAACAACUGCAUUUUGUUUGGUCUGUACUCUUUUUGUUCAGUGCAGUGUUUACAAAGGUUUCUUCCAGGGUCAUCAAAAAUACUUUUCUCCUUCUGUAAGGGUCUUCUUGACCUACUUCUCAUGCACUGGGCAGAGGCUGACCCCUGCUCCAAAUACUGCUGAAACAUUUAUAGAACCCAUUUCCCUACAGGAGUGAUAGAGGAUAACUUGUAUAACAUAGAUUUUUUCAGUGAGGUUUGCAGAGUGAUAUUUAAAGAAAUUAUUUUAUUAAGGCUAUAUAUUAAGGGUGCUGGUCAGCGGUUAUGUUGAGCCCCCUCCCCCAUGUACAGAGGCUAUAGUCCUCAAAGCAGGUGUUCUCCAACCCAUUGCGCUUCACCACCUGUCAAUAGAGGCUUAAAAAAAGUAAUUACAGUUUAUUGUGUUGUAUCAGAUUGCUUUUUACUGUGUCUAUAAUGCGAGUAUUGAAAUGUCACAAGAUGAUCUGUGUUCUUUCACUCGCAAACUAUUAGAUAGACAGUCUGUAUGCACACAUAAUGAUAACCUUCGCCAUCAAUAUCUAUAGUUAACAGAAUCAUUUCCAUUGUUUUUGUGCCUUGCUUACCUUAUAACUCAGGCCAUAAUUUAAAACUUAGCAAAGAAAAUGUUAUGCUUGAUUGAUACAUUGCAGUGGACACACUCGUGCUCUUAAGGGGAUAAACUGUUUCUAUUGUAACACUGAGGUUGGAAAAGGGGAUUUUUUUUUUUUUUUUUUGCCACUCGGGUUUUAGAAAAUGUCAGUUCUCAGUCAUAUAUCAUUGCUGACUUUUGGGACCCCACUGCUCCACCUUAGCCGCCUCAUUUCUGUUCCUUUGACAUAUGCCGUACAUCAACAGGCAGAGAGUGUAUAACUGGUGGUUUGUGCUGUGAGAAAACCAGGUUUGAGGGAGACAUCAGAGAUGUAACGCACUACACUACAUACCACAGCCUAGC